AUCAGGAACAUAAGCUACGACAUUCACAAACGACUAGACCCGAAAAAUCAAACAUGGCAGUGUCUUGCAAGAAAUUUGCCACCUACCUCCACCUUACACCGGACGUGGAUCAUGCACACGCAGGCUUGACUCGACAAGGUGACGCCUUUCAGCUAGGCAAGCGCGCAAAUGAAGUAUUGGCGGGAGCGGGGUGCUCAAAGCGCAGGGAAAUAUGGCAGGAACUCAAUCUUCGAGAGGAUCUCGCCCAUCCUCCUCUGCAGCAGACAAUAACACGUCCGCCGCUCCCCAGCGAAAUCAAGAAGAUCGACCCGCUCCUUCGUCAGCAAUGAUAAUCUUGACCAUCUUAUGGAGACCCAGUCGCCAAAUGUUUUCUACCUGUCCCUUCCCGUGAGCGGUUUCGGUUUCAGCACUCAAGGCCUUGAAAGUAUCCGUGGCGCACGCCAAGAAUAUUUCCAACGAGGCCGGUGUAAUGUGGUGCAUGUUAGCCUGGUAUACAAUUUUAAGGCCGGCUUCUGACUUGAUUAACUGCAUUAAGCUACGCAACUGUGAAUCGUGAGGAGAUUGUUGUCAACAAACUUUAGAACAUUGCAAUGUAUUAAAUAUUGAGCUUACCAUGCC